AUGGCUGAUGAUCAACAACAACCUGGUCAGAAGCCUGCCUCGGGAUUAGGCUCUCUUCCAGCGUUGGUGCCAGGACUCCAGGGGCCCGAGGCCAACGCGUUACAAUUCAAAAUCAAGAAUUCAAUUUGGUAAGGAUGGAAAUGCUCCUCGGGUGCAGCCACACUGUCCUUUUUCGCUAGCCGUAGCCUCAUAAUUAGCGUAUCUAGCUUCUGGGAGACUGUGUGUGCUGCAUAAAGCGGCUGAAAAUAACCCAAGGGCUCCCGUGCUUUGCUUCAGUAUUUGAUAGAAAUUAGAUAGCAACGAGGAAAGCUUCAUUUUCUUCUACGUGUGCGUGCAUAAAUAUCGCUAAUGACGACGGGUUACACACACACACAGCAGCAGCAGCAUUGGCUUUAAUCGGUAGCAUCGAGCCAGAGGAGGAGGAGGAGGCCAUGUGAUAGAUGACACCGAAUCCAGCGGUGGUGCUGAUGCUCGGGAUGACAGGUGUCAAAACUGAGGGCUAUACACAGAGACACCCGAGCACCGAUUCUUUUAGCAAAUUAACCAGAAACAAACAAACCAAAAAGGAAAAAAAAAACACCUAAAUGUAAAUGAUGGUGGAGAUUGUUUGUUUGGUAACACUUUACUUGACGCCUAUCCCUGUAACGCAUUAUAAAUACAUAAUGCGUUAUAAUCAAGGUAUAGCACUGUGUAACUGUAGUAAUAAACACUCAUUAAUGAUCAUAAUGCUUUAUAGCAAUAAAUAUAACACACUAUAAAGCAUUUUAUUAUGAUUUACAGGUGUGUCAAACUCAACCACAGCAAGGCCAUAAUCUGGAUUUAGGUCUAACCUGAGGGCCAAACAGGGUCAACAUUUCAUCAAAAAUGUCAACCUCCUUUUCAAAAAAUAUGUAACAAAAACAUCAAUGAUCAUAAAUCAUUUUGAAAUUCAAAAAAGAUAAAAAGUUAAGUUUAAAGGCAAUCUGAGAUAGAAAAAAAAUAUUUUAUUAAACUUUUUUAUUCUAUUUGUAUUUAUUAGUUGAAAAGAUCAGAGCAUGAUAUUAAAAAUAGAAAAUAAUGCUUUCAAAGAGCAAGUACAUGAGCAAAACGUUGAAAUCAGGUUUAAAAGGACAAAAUAUGAUUUAAAAUUGGAAUCUAAAGUAUAAAAAUGACACAAGUCUAAAUACUGAGUUGAACAGAAUCAAAGCAUGAAAUAAAAAAUCCAACCAUGUUUGACUUGUAACUUGAAGUGCAAAAUUAAAUCAUGAAAUAAAACACCAAAUAUUUUCCCCCCACAUUCUUGACUAUUUAUCAAAUCUUUCUCACUCUUUAAUUUACCAGAUUUCCUUGGCUCAUUAAAGACACUUAAAAUAAAGUGCUGAAGUUUACAUUAUUAUACUGGAGGAAAUCUGCUGACCUAAUACUGGUGGGCCAAUAAUAACACAAAUAGGAUAUUUUAGGACAUAGGAUAUCCAAGAGCACAGAGGAGAUAAUUAUUGGUAAAUAUGGAAGCACCAGGACUUUCUCUGGUGCAGGUUCUUCAGCUGAACUUGAUAAACUUGGCCCAACAACAACCUGAAGCAUACAUCCAAGAUGAAGCUCUUGGAGGUCUGUGGGUGUUUUUCAAUAGGUCUCAGCAUGUGUCAUGAGGGUUCUGAUCACAGGAGGGCAGUCCUGAAGUACAGUUGAAAAUUGUAGAUUUUAAAAACUCCCACCUUUUAUUUUUUGGGAAAAAAGCCAUCGCAUAGUAUGACAUCUGGUUUACUUAUGAAAAAGAUAUUUUCAUUUUUUCCAUUUUAGUCAGAAUUCAGAAUGAAUUCAGAAUGAGUGGUACUUCAGAUCCACAUGGCAAGAAAGAUUAAUACAUUAAUGAAGAUUAUGUUUAUAUGUCGGGUCACUGUGAUAACUAGUUUUAUUCAGGACUACUUAUGAAUAUAAAAAGAUGGACAGGAUUUGGGAAAAAAAUGCUAAUUUUGAAAAAUACAAAAAUUUCUCACUGAAUUUGAUGCUUUUUUCAUUUACAAUCCUUUUUUGUGCUCUCUCUCUCUCUCUCUCUCUCUCUCUCUCUCUCUCAUUGCAGCAAAUCUGUACAAUCAAAAGUGGACAGCAUAUUGGUGAGUAUACAAAAAAUAGUACAGAUGAAACCUUUUUUCCUGGUGUUAAAAAUCACUUUUGUAUCUUUUUUCAUGUAAAGCUGGUAGUUGGUGUAUAAAAAAAUGUGUGAAAGCUUUGAUUUUGUCACAGAUUUCAAAUAAAAAUUUAAGAUUCCUUUGAAAAUUUUAAUGUAUAAAAUAAGUUAAUCAACAUCAUGAUGCUGCAUUUGGUCUGGUCUUUAUUUACACUGCAGAAAAAAGUGUAUCUCAGUGUAUCAACAUGAACAAUGCUCCAUUAAAAUUAUGUUUGUAUAUUAAAACACCCUUUCUUUUAAAACUGAACACUUGUUGUCACUUUACCUCUCAGGCUUUGUAUUCAGUGACAAAGUCAUGCCAGAUUCACUGGAGCAAUAUUAAUUAUCAGAAAAAUAGAAAAUGUUAAAAGUCUGUAUUUCAGAAUCAAAAAAUCUGUCAUAUGUUUGACAAGUUCCAGCAGUCGAGUUUAGUCCCUUUCAUUUUUCACCAGAUAGAAAAAAAGAAAAGACAGUCAACCUUUCAUUACUUCAGUGGAUAUAAUGUAAGGGAACAUAAUCAUUUAUCGUUAGAUGCUUCGACAACACUACUGCACUUUUGAGAAGGAUUUUUCACUUCAAAACAUACCUGGAUGUCUCAGUUAAAGGCAGCUGGUCUUUUUUAUAUUGUUAAUAUAGGUUGAAAACUGCCUUGAGAUUGAAAAGAACGGUUCUUAAUUAUGUGGUUCAAAAUCAGUUUAUUAUAAUUAAAUCACCUUUCAACACCCCCACUCUAGGUGUAGUUUUGUGUCCACAUGUUGGACAUGUUUUGAGCAGAUUCUCCCUGUUUACACAGUGAUGUAAGUGUCCUACUAUUUAAAAUGUGUGAUCAGUUUCAUGCAAAAACAUCUGUAAUUUUGACAAGUGCAAACGCAGACAGGGGAAGCUCAAGGUCAGAUGUGCUACAAGCAGGCAAUAAGUAGACGAUUUGGUUGCCAAAAAAUAUCAUUUUUACAUAAAUUUUACCAUGACAUGUUUCAACUAAAAUGUCCUCCAGCCUUCCUCAGAAGAGUUCAGAGAGGUUUAGUCACCCUACCUGAAGCGGCAGGACAACCAUGCCCCCCUGUUGUCCAUCAAGAUAAUAAUUCUAUACACAGUGUUUUGGUUUCAAGACGGUUGGUUUGAGAAACAAUUUUAUGACAUCCUGUUGGUUUGUGCAGAAUUAGUGUGAGUGUUUGAUAAAACUAUGUUUCAAAGUCAGCUGAUAAAAGUUCAAACAAUCUCAUUAAAAUUUCCUAAACCAAGAUAUAAUCAAUAAAAGACGCCAAAAUUCUACAUGUAUGGAUUGAAUGUGAACUAGACAAAGAUAAUAAGUAUGGGAACAACUCAUGUUAGUUGCAAAGCAUAAUGGCCGUGGAUCCUGGGAUCAAAACAUUCAGUCUGUUUUUAAUGCUUUUGUUUAGAAAUUGUAACACACAGGUGGUGUGCAGCUGUGCAGUUUAAGGCUUCAGAAGAGGUUUUUCCAUAUUUGAGGCACAUGUUUCUCUAAAUGAAAACCAAAUUAUAUCAAUGAAAUCAAACAUUUGAGGUUGCCCGGGUUACCAGUUAGCAUGCUAAUGCCAUGCAACAAGAACCGUGCUAGAAAAUUCACCAAAACAUUUAAGGUGGUGGUGCAGAAAUAAAACUAAAGAGCAGAGCAGAGGAGGGCUCAGACAGGUGACUCGUCUUGUGUUUGUAACAAUGGAGUGAAGUAAAUUGUGUCUUGAUUCACUGUUGAUUGGCUGACAGCUCUCACCUCAUUCAUUCAAGGAUUGGUUACCCUAGCAACAAAGAGGCAAAUAGGAAAUGACAAGGUGAGAUGAACCCAUUCUUAGAAACCAAUUCAAAGCAGUUGGGUUGGAAUCAAUAGAGAGGAGGCUGUGUGCUGCUGUCACACUUGUGUAAUAAUUUUAAAUCAGUCCUUUUUUUUCUGAACCAGAUUACCAACACUGUCUGUGUUUCUUUAUCCGUUUGUCUGUUUCUGGGUAAAAAAAAAAGAAUAGGACCUCAAGUAUGAUUUUGAUCAGCAUCUCUAUCCUCUGUUUUGAUCAUUAUUUUGUGAAGUAAAAAAUUAUUGCUUCUUCUUUGUGAGAUAUGUGAAAGCUUUGUGGUGGCAGUUUAGUGCUGUUUAAAACUUAAGGAAGGCAGAGUGGAAAAUUGGUUUUAAGCAACCGCUCCCAAAGGUUGUAUAUAAAACAUAAUAACGGACAAAUAAAAGACAAAACAAAACACAAGGACUAAAAUGUAAAAUAAGAUUUGAAAUAAACAUUGAAAUGAAAUCGACUGAUAACGAGAUUUAGAAAUGAAUAAAGGAAUAAAAGUAUCUGUCUAAAUAAAAAGAGCAGACUCAGUUUGAGAUGAUUAACACUUUUAGAAACAUAAAACCUAAGGAGCUCUUGGUGCAAUAAUCUCAACAUCACCGGUUGAUUUUACAAGUAUUAGAUAUCCUGGUGGGAACAGAGCAAAAGGAUCUAAAAUGUUUAAAAUAAGACUUUUUUUUUUUUUUGUUAAAUCUUUUUUUCCCUUUUUCUCAAUUUUAUUUUUACAGCAAGAUGUUGAGAAGUUUACAGACAUCGAAAAACUCUACCUCUACCUGAAGUUGCCUUCUGGUCCCAGCAGUGGCAAUGACAAAAGGUACAUCACAGACACAGGCUGCACUCUGAUUUCUCUCUGUGCUGUUAUUUUCUCUCUCUCUCUCUCUCUCUCUCUCACAUACACACACACAUGUGGCUGCUUUGUAUGGCUUUCAUUACAUUAUUGGCACUGUUGUCUCAUUGCUUGUGAAAAGAGGCGUCUCACUAUCCGCUUGAGACUAUGAAGAAAGAGUGAAGGCUUAAGGCUUCUUUAGAAAAGGUUAACUUUUAAGUUUUAUCUGCUUGUGCUGUUUUUCAGGGGGGGCGUUAUUCACUGGUGAAUUUUUUUCUUCAUGCCGUAUUGUCAUUUAUUUUCUGGCUGUAUGAUUGAUUAUCAUUAUAAAGCAAACCACUGAUAUGUGUAGAUUUUUGCUAUACCUAGCUGUCUGUGUUUCAUUUGUUUCCCCAUAUCUAUUCAUCACCCCAACCCCCCAAUUCUACCCAUUUGGACUGAGAAUGAGAGGGGGUCCUCCACUCCUGGAUUAUGGUAUUAAAGUUUCUGUAUUAACAAGAAAUGAGGCAUAUAAGUCAAGGACACUACCUCACCAGAUUUAUCUGUCUUUUGUAUCGAUUUCAGUGAUCAGAGUUCCAUGUCGUCAAGCCGUACUCAACAGAUGUAUGCAUUCAACUGGAUACGGAAUCACCUAGAAGAGCACCCAGAGACUUCCCUCCCAAAGCAAGAGGUGUAUGAUGAAUACAAGUGAGUGUGCCGGGUCAUAAACAGAACUGUACUUCAUAAACAGGAUCUAUUACUGCAUUAUCCUAUGGUGGUCUUCUUCUCUUACAGGAGCUAUUGUGACAAUCUCGGCUACAAUCCACUGAGUGCAGCAGACUUUGGAAAGAUCAUGAAGAAUGUCUUUCCCAACAUGAAGGCACGUCGACUGGGCAUGAGGGGCAAAUCCAAAUAUCCUUUCAUUCUCAUGAGCUUGUCUUUCUGGGCUGCAGUCUGGCUGUGCUUCACCUUUGGAUGUUAAUCUAGCAGUAAGCGAGUAAGUUGAUACCAUUCCUUGAAUGUAGACAUGUCAUAGUGGUCUGGAGAUACAAAUCGGGUUUUUUUUUACUUGAUAUGAUCUCUGUAACUUAACUCAUAGUACUAAUAUAACCCAAGUCUUUUUAAACAGUUAAUUUUUGUACAUCUUUUCUUUAUUUAUAGGGCUGCCUAGGAGAGACAGAAGGGUAACGGGCAGUAAUUUUAUUUGGUGUUUGAAUUGUAUCAGAAUAUCGGCAAACCAUGUUGUAUGCCAACUGGUCGGUGUACAGUUUUAGAAAAACAAAGUUUCGUGGUUGAUAAAUGUGUUAAGAACAAGAGCAAAUGAAACACUAGUGUCUCACCAAGGUUGAGGCUUUAGAUACUUCUGUGGUGUAGGUCUGCAAAUGAAAACAGUGCUAGUGUAAGCACCAGAUCUGCACCUGCUGGAGACAUUGCACGAAAUAUCAUUGACUGUAUGUGAUGACGUUUUCACAUUGUGAUUUACUGUACAGAGUUUCACUCUAUGCAGUUUCAGUCUUUAGUGUGGUUUGUCCAAGUAGAGUGGUUGUACUAGCAGGCGGAGGAGGCCAAGCCUGUUUAACUACCAGAAAUACUGUCAGAGAAAUACUGUAUUUCGCCUCCAAAUGUGUCCAUUGUACAUCAUAUUCACCUGAUGACCCACAAAAGAUGUUUUGAGGACAGUCCCACGUUCCCAAAGCCAAAUUUGGUCUCUUCAAACCUUUAUUUGUAGCUUUUGAGAAAGAAACUCAACAUUAUUCAAGCACCAUAUCCAAAUACAAAAGUACAAAAUCUGUUAAAACUCUCAAUGUGUUCUCUUCAUUUAAUGUAUUUAUCUGAGGAAACCCCUUCAGUCUGCUCGUAGCUUAUUUAUCUAUGUAUAAAUGAGUUUUAAGACAUCAUCUUAAAACUCAUUGACAUACAGCCCACAUACAAAGUGUUUAUAUUUUGUUACCCACAGUGGAAAUGUUUCAGACACCUUAACUCCUUCUCACAUACUGUUAUAGCGGGUUGAGGAAGAAAGCUUUUGUUCACAUGCCUUCUUUACCCAACCUGGACCUGCAGAAAUCUGGUGAUGGGGUAAGUUUAAGGAAUUGAAUAAACGCCAAAGCGUUGUAUUUUUACAACACUCUGAUGCUUAAUCAGCGUCUGUGUGACUGCAGUGUGAACUGAUGGAGCCGACGGGUCAGUCCCCGAGCGCUGAGGAUGAAAUGAGAUCUGCAGCCUGUGGACUGGUGUGUGAGUGGGCCCAGAAGGUUCUGAGUCGCCAGUUCGACAAUGUGGAGGAUCUGGCCCGGUUCCUGCUUAAUAGCCACUACAUUGGUACUAAGUCCAUGGCUGCGCUCACUGUUAUGACCGGAACACCCACAGGUAGGGAUAUCCUCUGAUCUGCCCCUGUGGUCAUUUUACCUGUGGGUGAGUGUGAGUGUGUGUGUGUGUGUGUGUGUGUGUGUGUGGGUGUGUGUGUGUGUGUGUGUGUGUGUGUGUGCGUGUGUGUGUGUGUGUGUGUGUGUGUGAGUGUGUGUGUGUAUUUUAAAUUUUUUUUUGCAUGUUUUGUUCGAUGUAUUAAUCAGAAAAAAAGUACAGCUAGUGUGUGUAAAAGCUGUCCUAAUCUGACAAAUCAAAACUUGACAAUUGCUUUUUUGAAAUCAUGCACGCCACAUCUUCAGCUAUGAAGACCAGAGGGACCGCUCACCUUUUUAUCGGUGUACACUUUAAAUUUUCAGCCUUACAGCAGAAGAAUCCUUGCGGUAAACUGAUCAGCCUGCAGUUCCGACUUGUCACCUACUAAAAUAUUUGGUGCAUCAUGACACAAAAAUGAUGGCAAGGAGACCCUUUCUCUACCAGGCAAAAAUGGGACAACAUUUCACUUUUAAAACCCAGAAACUGGUCUCCAUGGUUCCCGAGUGAGUGUUGUUAACAGAAGAGGUGAAGUGGUCAGUCUGUGUGGGGGUUUGGUUCUGGCAUGCUGCUCCCAAUUCUCUCUCUCACUAUUUCCUGCUGUCCUGACCUCUCUGAAAAACAUAAGAGAAAUGUAUUGGUAAUACUGCUUGUAAAAAUGCCUCCAUCGUUGUUCCUGCCUUUCUUCUCGUGACAGGGAUGAAGACCCCAACCCCAGCCUCUGCGUUCGUGCCCACUGCUGAGGCAAACUCGUUUCAGCCCCAGGUGAAGACCCUACCGUCUCCCUCUGUUGAUGCAAAGCAGCAACUGCAGCGCAAGAUCCAGAAGAAGCAGCAGGAGCAGAAGCUCCACUCGCCCCUUCCCAGUGAGGCCCAGGUUAAGAGAACUGAGGCCAGCACCCCUGGGCCCACCAUCCCCUGUGGCAGCCCUGCUUUGCUUUCCCCACAGCCUACCAUAGGCAUCGUAGUAGCAGCUGUUCCAAGCCCAGUCACGGUAUGUGGAAUUUUUCCAGAUGAUUAUUAAAAUUAAAAGAACUGAUAAAUGUGAUUUCAUCAGAAUUUAUCAUCCCACUGUUUCUUUACCAGGUACAAAGAAGCAGGCAGUUGAUGACCUCGCCCAGCCCUGUUGGGACAGCAGAAGGAAAAGUGCUGCCAGUGAACUUCCAAGUAGUCACUCAGUCUCUUAAACAGUCGCCCAAAACUCCCCAGAACAUCUCAGCCAGUCCCGUGGGUGACCGUCUGGCACGACACGGUACAAGGUAUGCCCAGAUUCUGCCUAAGCCCUCUGCCACCAGUGCCAUCACCCUGCGUUCACCCCCGACCCUGCUCAUCACAAACAGCCCCAUCAAAACUGUGAUGCCCACUCCCCAUGUCAGCUCAGUCAAUGUGGUGAAGAUGACAGCCAUUGCUCUGGCUCCCAGCAGCAGCAGUACAACCGUGCGCCCUGCUUCUGCAGGUGUGAGUACAACAGCUGUUUCAGACGAUUCCCAGCAGGCACAAGGUGGGAGCUUGGCCGCUCCUCAGUCUCCUGCGAUUAGGCCCGGCGCCCCAGUCCCCACUCCAACCCUCUCCAGUAACACUAAAGUGGGGUCUGAAGCUGGAAGUGACAACAACUCUGCCACUGGUCUAGAGAAAAUGGCUGUAGGGGCCAAAGAGGACAAAGAUAGGCUGGCAAAAUUCAGGGCUGUCAGUGAGCCGAGCUUCCUGGUGAAGUGUUCUCCAGUAUCUGACAAAGGGAUGAGGGUGAAAAGUGACCCCACAUCCCCUCCCAUCUCUGUAGCUGGGACUCAGGACAGCAAUAACAGUAACUGCCAUGACAGUACUUUGUACUUGACUGUUGAUAAUCAAAACUCCAAUGGCAACACUUCAUCGAAUGGCUCAUCUGCUGUUACCCCGACAUUGAAGGAUCCCUGCCCAGAUGCUAAAAGCCCAAGGAAGCGCACAGGCCCAAGCGGGGAUUCCCAUGUGAUUCCUGUUAAGAGGGUGUUUAUCUCCCAGCAGCCAGUGGCUGUAGUCGACAAUCCCAAGCCUGGAGUUAGUGCUGCAGUGAAGAGGCUACCCAGGCCAGGAACCCCUGCCCGACCAGAGAGUGCCCCCUGCAAAGUGACUGUGAAACACACCACCAUAGGGCUCACACAGAUUCUUGCACUCUCUGACUCACCCAUCACACACACACAGGGCUCCCAGACUGUUGUUAAACCCCAAGCUGUGGUGGUGAAGCACGAAGACCAUUCUCUCAGCACUGAUGCCAGCACUGGAGCAGCUGGAAGCAACACGCCCGACCAGGUGUUGUUACAGCAGAUCACCGGGGACCCUCACGCCAUACCAGCCAACUCAGGAGCACACGCAGCCUCUGUGAUGAGUGACCUUAAGAGCACAAUAUGGGAAGAGGGUCAGCUUGACGAGCUUCAAAAGCAGGCGUUUGCUCAGCAGAUCCCAGCUGAACACAAACAAGCCCCCACCGACCAACUUUCCAUCAUAGCUCAACCGACCGAGUCCUCAGGUCAGCUCACCCUCACACAGGAGAUGGUUGACUUUGCAGGUUCUCAACCUAACAUGGACUACUUCCCGUUCAAUGAUGACGACAUGACCCAGGACAGCAUUGUGGAGGAACUGGUCCAAAUGGAGGAGCAGAUGAAGCUCAAGGGUCUGUUUGGCAGCUGCGUUGAGGUGUCUUUACAAGGCCAGUCAGCCAGCAGUCAAGGCUCGAUCUUAAAUGCUCACCAGGCUGGUACUACCUUCUACCACUCUGCCCACAGUAGUACCACCCCAGUUCAGACUCCUACUCCAACACCAACUCCAACCCCGACACCAACCCCCACCUCUGAAAUGACGCUCGGACACAGCCUGACGCGAGAAAGCCCCUGCUCCCGCAUGGCUCCCAUCACCCCUGUGGAUGGAGCCAUGGGUCGCCACACUCCCAUCAGCACACCUUUGUCCAACUGCAGCAGCAGUGUUCCCCCGAGCCCGGUGGAGUGCAGGAACCCCUUUGCAUUCACUCCCAUCAACUCGAGCAUUACAGGUUAUCACGAUGCUAGUAUUGUCUCCAGCAGCCCAGUCAAGCCCAUGCAGAGGCCAAUGGCAACGCACCCUGACAAGGCGAAACUAGAGUGGAUCAACAACCGCUACAACAGCACCUCUGCAGGACCUUUGUCCAACCACAGCAUUGGCAUUCUUCCCAGCUACCAAGACCUAGUGGAUGACCAGUUUCGUAAGCCACAUGCCUUUGCAAUCCCCGGCCAGUCUUUUCAGGCUCAGGCUAGACAGGAUACUGCUCACUUUGGUCGUUUAACCCCCAUUUCUCCAGUCCAACAACAACAGCAGCAGCAGCAACAGCAGCUGGCAACAGGUGUAACAACUCCCACUAAACAGGAGAGUUUUGCUGUGCCUGCGCCCUUGGACAACAAGGCAUCAACCUCAUCCGCGUCCAGUACUUUCCGCUGUCGUAGUGUUAGCCCUGCUGUACGCCAGAGAAACUUCAGUGGCAACACCAACCCGCUAACCACCUCCUCCACCACCACAAAUACCACCUCUACUGCUACCACUCGAGCUGUGGUGUCGCCCUUUAACUCUCCGAUCACCUCUGAGGUGCUCAACAUCCUUUCCAACAGCCAGACUGUCAGCUCUGUCCACAGCAUGGUCCAGCGUAGCCAGUCUGUACCUCUGAACAUCAUGAUGCAGAGUGAGAUGCUGCCUGUGCAGGGUCAGAGUAACACAGCCAAAAUCACAAAUGUUCUCCUCAGCAAGAUGGAGGCCGACGGGGAUGAUUCUGUACGUGGCCUGGGCAUAAACAACCUCCCAUCUAACUACACAGCCCGUAUGAAUCUCACACAAAUCCUGGAGACCACUCCUGGCUUCGCUGGAGGAACUGCUCACCAGAGCCAGUUAGCUCCUGUGAGCUCCAGCCCUGCUGCUUUCGAGCUCCAGCAGCACGGCUAUCUCAACACUGGGAGUGGAGAACAGGUGAGUUUCUCCACUGGGGAUGGCCAAGCACAAGCAGGUUCUGCUGAGCAAGAGCAGCCGCAGCAGCAGCUCCAGGAGAAUCCCGUGCAGACACAACCCCAGCUCCUCCUCCAGAGCACACAGCAGCAGCAAGAGGUGGAGGAUGAGCAGCAACAGUUAGAUUUCAACAACACUGUCAAGGACUUGUUGGGGGAUGACGGCCUUAACCCCAGUUCCCAGUUGGUGGGUCAGGUAGCUUCGGAGCUCAAUGCCGUGGCGUCCGACUUCUCAAACGACAUCAGACUGACCUCAGAUCUUUCCAGUAGCAUCACUGACCUUAACACAUUGGACACCAACCUGCUGUUUGACCCCAAUCAGCAGCAGGAACAAUAUGAAGACUCAACACUGGAAGAACUGAAGAACGACCCUCUUUUUCAGCAGAUAUGCGGUGAUACUGUGAACUCUGGUUUUGACUGGCUAGAGAGCAAAGACCAGCCUACGACGGUAGAGAUGCUGGGCUGA